AGAAGAAAGCCCGGGAGCCGCUGCCUCCUGGACCAUGGCUUCUGGCCGCAGGGGCUGGGACAGCUCCCAUGAGGACGACCUGCCCGUGUACCUGGCCCGGCCGGGCACCACGGACCAGGUCCCCCGGCAGAAGUACGGCGGCAUGUUUUGUAACGUGGAGGGAGCCUUCGAGAGCAAGACGCUGGAUUUCGAUGCCCUGAGCGUGGGGCAGCGCGGCGCCAAGACUCCGCGGAGCGGCCAGGGCAGCGGCCGCGGCGCGGGGAGCCGGCCCGGGCCGGAGGGGGACGCGCGCAGGGUCCCGGGCCGGGAGGAGAGCAGGGAGCCCGCCCCGGAGCCGCCCAAGCCCGCCGGGGUGGAGAUCCGGAGCGCCACCGGCAAGGAAGUUCUGCAAAACCUCGGUCCCAAGGACAAGAGUGACCGUCUUCUAAUCAAGGGAGGGAGAAUCGUCAAUGAUGACCAGUCCUUUUAUGCUGAUAUUUACAUGGAGGAUGGCUUGAUAAAGCAAAUUGGAGACAAUCUGAUUGUCCCUGGAGGUGUGAAAACCAUCGAGGCCAAUGGGAAGAUGGUGAUCCCUGGAGGCAUUGAUGUCCACACUCACUUCCAGAUGCCUUACAAGGGAAUGACCACAGUGGAUGAUUUCUUCCAAGGGACAAAGGCUGCCUUGGCAGGUGGCACCACCAUGAUCAUUGACCACGUGGUCCCUGAACCGGAGUCCAGCCUGACCGAGGCCUACGAAAAGUGGCGUGAGUGGGCCGAUGGGAAGAGCUGCUGUGACUACGCUCUGCAUGUGGACAUCACCCACUGGAAUGACAGCGUCAAGCAGGAAGUGCAGAACCUCAGCAAAGACAAAGGCGUUAACUCCUUCAUGGUUUACAUGGCUUACAAAGACUUAUAUCAAUUGUCCAACACAGAGCUCUAUGAGAUCUUCACCUGCCUGGGAGAGCUGGGGGCCAUCGCUCAAGUUCAUGCUGAGAAUGGAGAUAUCAUUGCCCAGGAGCAGGCCCGGAUGCUGGAAAUGGGGAUUACCGGUCCAGAAGGUCACGUUCUGAGCAGACCAGAAGAGCUGGAAGCUGAGGCUGUGUUCCGGGCCAUCACCAUCGCUAGCCAGACCAACUGCCCCCUCUAUGUCACCAAGGUCAUGAGCAAGAGUGCUGCGGAUCUCAUCUCACAAGCCAGGAAGAAAGGAAACGUGGUCUUUGGUGAGCCCAUCACUGCCAGCCUGGGAAUCGAUGGGACCCAUUACUGGAGUAAGAACUGGGCCAAGGCAGCUGCAUUUGUGACAUCCCCACCUCUGAGCCCUGACCCGACCACACCUGACUACAUCAACUCCUUGCUGGCCAGCGGGGAUCUGCAGCUCUCUGGAAGUGCUCACUGUACCUUCAGCACUGCCCAGAAAGCCAUUGGGAAGGACAACUUCACCGCCAUCCCUGAGGGCACCAAUGGUGUGGAGGAGCGGAUGUCUGUUAUCUGGGACAAGGCUGUGGCUACAGGGAAGAUGGAUGAAAAUCAGUUUGUGGCUGUGACAAGCACUAACGCUGCCAAGAUAUUCAACCUGUACCCUCGCAAGGGCAGAAUAGCUGUGGGCUCUGACAGCGACCUGGUCAUCUGGGACCCAGACGCCGUGAAGAUCGUCUCUGCUAAGAGCCACCAGUCGGUCGCAGAAUACAACAUCUUUGAGGGGAUGGAGCUGCGCGGGGCGCCUCUGGUGGUUAUCUGCCAGGGCAAGAUCAUGCUGGAAGACAGCAACCUCCACGUGACCCAAGGGGCGGGCCGCUUCAUCCCCUGCAGCCCCUUCUCCGACUAUGUCUACAAGCGCAUUAAAGCCAGGAGGAAGAUGGCGGACCUGCAUGCAGUCCCCAGGGGCAUGUAUGAUGGGCCCGUGUUUGACCUGACCACCACCCCCAAAGGGGGCACCCCAGCUGGCUCUACUCGGGGCUCUCCCACUCGGCCAAACCCACCAGUGAGGAACCUCCAUCAGUCGGGAUUCAGCCUGUCAGGCACCCAAGUGGAUGAGGGUGUCCGCUCAGCCAGCAAACGCAUUGUGGCGCCCCCUGGAGGCCGUUCUAAUAUCACAUCCCUGAGUUAAGCAAGCCCUCCCAAAAGAGGGAAGCAGAAGCAAGAAGAGAUUUUUUUUUGAAGCCAAAAUGGUACAUCGAUAUUUAAGAAGGAAAGUGAAUCUAAACAGUUGAGAUCUAAAGAAUCAAUAAGCCUCAAGCCUUAUGUUUCCCGAUGUUAUGCUCGCUUGCCUAGCUUUAUGAAUUGCUUUGAUUUCUCUUUAUGCAUACCCUUGACUUCUUUGACCUCCCCUCCCCCUUACAUGCAUGCGAUCAGACAGGCCACUAAGGUAGAGUCUGCAUCUUAUAGUUGAGAGCGUGUGUAGCAGUGCAUCUUAUGACAAGGGGACAGACAAAACUGGGACGUCAAGAAAAUGAACAAAAGGCACGAAGGGUCAUUGGGUGGGGGGAACCCAGGGCCCGGUGGGGGCACACAGGGGCUGGGGUGGGAGCAGGAGGGAGGUGGGCGGGCUUGGUGAGCAGAAGGGCAUUGCGUGCUGUGCUGACGAUGUGUGUUAAUUUCCAUGUGGCACCUACAUGCCGCAUCACAGUGCCCUGGGAUCUGCAGAGAAGGCAGGAGGGCUUUGGGUUCUGACUUGGUCACAUCUGUCCUUUCCUAUUAGGUCUUGUUUCUUUAGUCGUUUAUUAAAUGUCAGAGUCCAGCCAUUUUUUUUUCCACCUGUUUAAUGAUGCCAGCAAUUGCCUGGGCCUCUUUCUCAUUUUGCUUGCUACUCCUGUAUGCUAGGCUGUGAAGGCCACACCGGCAGGACAAAUGGACAGGUCUCUUCCUCUGUGGCUUCUUUGGGGCCCAGCACUCAUGCAGAGUGCUGCAUGGGCUCUAUUUAGGGACAGCCAUGAAAUUUAGACAGCCUUCUUCUCAGCCCUGGAAAAACACCUCUCUCCUGCCGGCAAGCUGAGAAGCGGAUCAUGCUCUUGCCUGCUGAGUUAGGACCCUGGCAGAGAUAGACUCCAGGGCUUCCUUUGUUCAUAUGAAUGGCUAAUCUCUUCCUCUUCUCAGAUCCAAACACACUCGUGAUUUUCUUUUCUUUUAGAGAACUGACUUUCUCAGUUGUCUCUAAUCUUUCCUCCAAAUAGUAAUCUCAGCUUCCAUGGGAGUACAGCAGAGAUUUAGGGAAGCCAGCCGUUAGCAGGUGUACGUUAUCUCACCAUAUUUUCAAUUCUAAGCCAAGUGUUUCCUCUUCUAUUAGCAGGUCCCGGGGGCAAGGAUGUCACUCUUUAAUUGGUACUACAAUCUCCAGGGUAAUAUUAGGAAGUGACACGAUGCAGCCUUCUCGGUGGGGAAAGUGGGCAGCAACAUUUGUUUCCCCUUAGGCUGUCAGAGCCGGAACUCUAUGUCCCUAUCAUGCCAUUUCCAAAACCAACUGUGAACCCGAUUCUAUGAGCAAGCGAGGAGUCUAGAGAAGGCAGGGAAGUCUCCUUCAGGAAAUAUGGUAUCAGCCUGGGCUCAGAUUCCUGUGCUCUGGGGGCCCACUUGAUGAGGAGUAGCUCAUCGAGUAUAUACGAACUAAGUACUCUGAAGACCAGAGCAGGCCUUGUACACCUUCCAAGUAUUUGAGAGAAGCGUCCGUCUCUGCCUGCAGGUGGUUUUUGUUUUGCUUUUGCUUUGUGCUUUUCUUUUGUCUUUCUUGUUCUUUUUCUUUCUUUCUGUCUGUCUUUUUUCGUGGAGGAUUUUUGUUCAUUUUGUUCAACGAGCUGGACGAUUGAGUCCAGGGCCUCGCAUGUGCUAGGCCGAGUAUUUACUCGGCCACUAUGCUUCACCCCUGCCCCGAGCCCUGACUGCAGGUUGUAAUCAAACAGACAACUAGAGAAACGUGAACAGUUUGGAUACAAAAGGAUUUGGAAAUAGCAGAGGACUAGGACUUCCCUGAGCGAGCAAGCUAGUUGUUCAAUCAAGGAAAAGGCUCUUUCAGCUCAUAGUAGGGAAUCUUGAUAUUUUAAAGCUCUCGUGGUGCUUUUAUUUUCAAAGGAAAAUUUAGCAGAAAAAAAAAUGAGGAGAAUGUAGUCUGGAAUUACAAUUUAAAGAUUUGGGGAUUUAUCCAGAAACUCAGAAUGACUUCUAUAUGCAAAAGGGAGUGUGCCAGAUCUGACGCAUGUAUUCUAUAUACCUCAAUAGCCAGGCUUGACAUCUGCAUAGGUUGUAGUACCGUCUUUGGCCACCAGAUGGAGGAAGAGACACGUAAAUGAACUGUUAAUUCUGGGCUUGCACAACUCUGGUUUCCCGUGUCUGAGACCAACUGGUCCCUCCAAGGGACUCUCUGGUCGUGAAAACUCACCUCCUCUGUGUCAUCUCACAGCAUUGGGACUUCCAAAAGGUGCCACUGUUAUAUUCCACUCAAGCAUUCCCUGUGCGAGGAACAGCGUCCGCAUGGUGGGCAGGCACUGACUUCAGCACGUCUCCCUUGCUUCAUCCACUGUUAUUAACACCCAAGUGUAGGACAUCCUGAGGACUCCUUCAACCCUCCCACUAUUUUCUUAACAUGAGAAAUUUUCUAAGCAGCAUGCUACUUGAGUUAAAAUUUUAUAUUUGAAUAGUUUCUGCUCCAUAGAUGCGACAGCCUUGGUCACUGGGUCACAGGAAGGAAAAUGGCCAUGGGUGAGGCCUUCCUCCAAGUUCACAGGCCUUCCAUUCAAGGAUGGGAGGGCAUGGUGGGUGCUGUUUUCUCUCCAGAAGUUUUGCCCUCUGGGCUUUCAAUCCAGCCUCUUCUGAAAAUAACCCUGCAAUCUCCAAACCUCAAGUUAUUUCUGAGCCCUAAUGGCAACUAUUGACAUUCUUUCUGAAAGGGCCACAGGCUCCAGCAGUUGAAUCAAUUAAAUUGGCUUCCCUAGCAGAGAUAUUUCUUUUACUUCUAAGUGUUUUUUGUUUGUUUGUUUAUUUGUUUGUUUUUUUAACUAAAAGGAUUAUAGUCAUCCUCCAAAAUGGCCUUUCCCCAACUUCACAGUCUUUGAGUCCUUUCUUCAUGAUGAUACUCAGAGAUCUCAGCUCAUCUCCCAAGGCCUGAAUCCUAAUUCUAGACUCCAUUCUGUCCAUCUUGCUAAGCCCCACCCAAGAGGUGAGUGCUUCCCAACUUUGACUCUUGACACAAGCCUCCCAGGUCUUUUCCCCCUAGACAACCCCAGCUUGAGUCCCGAUGCAGUCUCGGGCUGGCCCAGGCAGCCAGCACCCCUGCUAAUUCCCCUUUGAGACAUGGUGUGUGGGUGUUCAGUUCUGUGUCUGGUGGCCGGACAGUGAGUCUCCCUGUGACCUGUGCUAGCUGUGAGGCAGCUCGGAAAUGGACGAGCUGUUUGGUUUGAACCGUGAAGAAAACUGUGUAUUGAGUUAGAUGAGAUUAAAGAAAAAAAAAAAAAAAGCUCACCAAGUGACUGUUAAUGUAAACCUGGUUAUUAAAAUAAUUAUAA